AUGACAGAUUCUUCCCUAUAUAUUGAACUUUAUCUAACGAAAAAAACCCACUCGUCUGUUAGCAUCUACAUAAAAAAGAUAAACUUUUCAAUAUUUAAUUUUUUUAUUAACAAAAAAAUGGCUAACUCAAAGCUACUUUGUACUUUAAUUUGGACCUUUUUGGCUCUGAACGGAGUAAAUUCACAUCCAACUGACACCAACAAAGAUACUCUCCUCAAAGCAUACUUUCAUGAUCUUUAUGAACUGUUUCGUACAUCUUGGGCAGAAUUGGAUUUUUUGGAUGACCGGUUGAGUAAAAAUCCAAACAUUACAAUACUCGAAUUGCAAGACAGCUGGGAUGAUUCUUAUGGCUCAUCCUAUGGCGAAAGUUCUUCAGUAAUGAGAACUAUGACUCAUCAUUUACACACAUUGGAAAAAAAUGCUCGAGAAUUUAGAAAAAAAUUGGAUUACAUCGCGAAAAAAUCGUCUGAAAAUGCCGAUUCUAAAAUUAAAGAAUUACUCGAGUCCAAAUUGUGA